AUUCCAGUUCUUGCUUGCUUCUUGUCGAAAGAACUCUUGAUAAUAAGUAAAUUUAAAAUCUAGCUAAAUAGCAAUUACAGUUUUAAUCUCAGAAGUGAACAUUCUUUUAAUUAAAAUCAAGUCAUGGGAAUUAUUUCUUUCUUGUUUUAUUUUGUGUGCGUUUUUGAAAUUUUAAAUGCGACUCCUUUGAGAAGAGGUGGAAUGGUUUUGUACCAAAGCCAACCUGGCUUCGUUAAUGGAAAUCGUGCAUUUAUUAUGCAAUACGCUAGUCAACCAUACAAGAAACGUAAUGCUCAAGCGUCAGGUGUUACUGCUUUCGUAUCUGGGAAAAAAAUUGCAGCUGGAACUUAUUUGAAGCAUGCUGAACUAAUUGAUGAUGAACAAGAGCAACGCUUUAAUGAACAACCUGAAGGUUCAGUUCAAUCAGUGGCCAACGCUUAUCCUGCUUACGAUAAUGACGACGAUCGAAAGUAUGAAGAAUCUGAUCCUAACAACCCAGCUGCAAGUUAUCCAGCUGGUGAUUACCCAGUCGCUCCCCAACCUGAAUACACUCCACCAAUUGGCGUUCAACCAACCGAUGUCGCAAAAACCGAAGACAACGAACAUCACCAAGCAAAUGAAGACGAUGAUGAAGAAGAAGAAGAAAAUUUCCCUUUGAGAGCCAACAAUCGAAGACCGUCAAGCAACCAUUACUUCCCUGUCACUUUCGGAUCAACUUAUGGUGGCGCAAUUGCAAUUGCAAACAGUUACAGUGCUGGAAAAGCAGGUUCUGCAUCAAGUACCGCAACUGCAUACGGCUCAGCAAAUAAAAAAUCUAAGAAACGAGUAAGUCAGCAAUAAGAAUCUAGCUUGAAAGAAUGUUUAUCCUCGAUUGACUAAUAAAAUAUCAACUACCAUGGCUACAAAACGGCAAAUGUUCUUUGUCAUUGAAUCAAUUGAUAAGGGCUUAAUUUAAUUAUUUAAUCUUAAAAAUGAGCUAAUAAAAUGUCAAAAUGAGACAAAAAAAAGUCUUUUCUUAAUCCAA